CCCGGCUCCUUGCCUCUGGACGCCUCCCAACUGUCGUCCGGGCGCCGCGGCUGCUCUGAGGAGCGGCGGGCCUCGGGGAUGCGGGAACAGGGGACAGGGGGCGGCCCGAGGGCCUGAUCCACGCGGCCGGCGUCGAGAGGCGGCGCGUCCGGCCGAGGAGGGGCUUUUCUGCGGCUGCAGUAGUUUGUUCUCCGGGUCGUCUUUGGAGGGGCCGAGGGAGGUCCGGGCGCUGGGACGGCGAAGUGGCGCUGGCCAGGUGGGAGGUGCCGUGAGGACGGCGGCGGCUUUAAGCGCCCUUGGAAACCCCGGCCCCUCUGACCGUGGAAGGGGCUGCGGGGAGCAGCGUCUCCUGGGAAGGGCUCUGGCCCUGUGAACCCCGGGGAAUCAGGGGCCGCCAACGCGGGUGCCGAUGCCGGGCGCACUGGGAGGCGGCCAGAAUGCCAAUGAGCUUCAGCGGACACGCAGCUGUCACCGGCCGCAGAAGGCCCUGUCGCCACCUCCAGUGCCUGCACUCCAGUGGCCACACAACGUAGGAAAUCGGGCUCAGAACCCACUUUGUUGAUUGACUGAGAAAUCAGGUCCCCUCGAGGGCCCUGUAGGCAGAGGUCUGGGGAGGUCAGGGCUGGCCGUGCGUAUGGGUGUCAGGCUGAUAGAGCCCUCGCCAUCCUGGUUUCUGCAGGCUGGGGCCGGGACCACUGAAACCCCGCCCCAAUUCUACAGAUCCUUUGCUUAGGCUUCCUCAGUGUUCUCACGGUUUGCUGUGGAGUCCCCUUCAGGUGACAUUGCUCAAGCCUCCUAGACAUGUUGAAUCCGAGGUAACAUCUGUGGUCUGGCGGAAGGAGGCUAGAAAGAAGCUGUUUUUGGAAGGAAGAAAGAUGGAAAGUGGUGCGGUUCUGCUGGAAUCCAAAUCCUCACCAUUUAACCUACUGCAUGAAAUGCAUGAGCUUCGUCUCCUGGGCCACCUGUGUGACGUGACAGUCAGCGUGGAGUAUCAGGGCGUCCGCAAAGACUUCAUGGCCCACAAGGCAGUGCUGGCUGCCACCAGCAAGUUUUUUAAGGAAGUGUUCCUCAACGAGAAGAGUGCGGACGGCACUAGGACUAAGGUCCACUUACAGGAAGUGCAGGUUGCUGACUUUGCUUCAUUUCUUGAGUUUGUCUACACUGCAAAGGUACAGGUGGAAGAAGAUCGGGUGCAGCGAAUGCUGGAAACAGCUGAAAAGCUGAAAUGUUUGGACCUAUCAGAAACUUGUUUUCAGUUAAAGAAACAGAUGUUAGAGUCAGUACUUUUGGAGUUGCAAAAUUUCUCAGAGUCUCAGGAGGUCGAGGCGAGCAGUGGCUCCCAACUGAGUGCUGCUCCUGUCCCCAGGGCAAGUGUGGCCACGGAUGGCCCUCACCCCAAUGGCCUCACUGAUCCCUUGGGCGGCCCAGGAGAGAGAGCCAGUAAUGGCAUGUCUUCAGAUUUGCCGAGGAAGUCCAAGGACAAACUAGACAAGAAGAAAGAGGUGGUUAAGCCUCCUUACCCUAAAAUCAGGAGAGCUAGUGGAAGGCUGGCUGGGAGGAAGGUCUUUGUGGAGAUCCCUAAAAAGAAAUACACUAGAAGACUCCGAGAGCAGCAGAAAGGUGCUGAGAGUGAUGUGGGGGACUGCAGGUAUCCCCAGGACCAAUGCCCAGACAGGGUAGGCACAGAGAUGGAGCUGGUUAUCAAAAAUGAGGGUUGCCAGGCAGGUGCUAAGUUGGAGGAAGCAUCGAAGAAAGCAGGGGCAGAGGAGGAAGAGGAGGAGGAGGAGGAAGAGGAAGAGGGGGAGAAGAAAAAGAGCAACUUUAAAUGCAGUAUCUGCGAGAAGGCGUUUCUAUACGAGAAGAGCUUCCUGAAGCACAGCAAGCACCGCCACGGCGUGGCCACUGAGGUGGUGUACCGCUGCGACACCUGCAGCCAGACCUUCGCCAACCGCUGCAACCUGAAGAGCCACCAGCGCCACGUGCACAGCAGCGAGCGCCACUUCCCAUGCGAGCUGUGCGGGAAGAAGUUCAAGCGCAAGAAGGACGUGAAGCGGCACGUGCUGCAGGUGCACGAGGGCGGGGGCGAGCGGCACCGCUGCGGCCAGUGCGGCAAGGGCCUGAGCUCCAAGACAGCCCUGCGAUUGCACGAGCGCACACACACGGGCGACCGCCCCUACGGCUGCACCGAGUGUGGCGCCAGGUUCUCACAGCCGUCUGCACUCAAGACGCACAUGAGAAUUCAUACAGGGGAAAAACCUUUUGUCUGUGAUGAAUGUGGUGCAAGAUUCACUCAGAACCACAUGCUGAUUUAUCAUAAAAGGUGCCACACAGGUGAAAGACCUUUUAUGUGUGAAACAUGUGGCAAGAGUUUUGCUUCUAAGGAGUACUUAAAACACCACAACAGAAUCCAUACUGGAUCCAAACCUUUUAAAUGUGAAGUGUGUUUCAGGACGUUUGCCCAGCGGAACUCACUCUACCAGCACAUUAAAGUCCACACAGGGGAGCGUCCCUACUGCUGUGACCAGUGCGGCAAGCAGUUCACCCAGCUCAACGCCCUCCAGCGCCACCGUCGCAUCCACACAGGGGAGAGGCCAUUCAUGUGCAAUGCGUGUGGACGAACAUUCACCGACAAGUCCACGCUUCGGCGGCACACCUCAAUACACGAUAAGAAUACUCCGUGGAAGUCUUUCCUUGUCAUUGUAGAUGGCUCGCCCAAGAACGACGACGGGCACAAGAUUGAACAGCCUGACGAAGAGUAUGUGUCGUCCAAACUUUCAGAUAAAUUGCUGUCUUUUGCAGAAAAUGGCCAUUUCCACAACCUGGCUACAGUCCAAGGGACUGUACCUACCAUGCAGGACAGUUCUGCAGACACAGCCUGCAAGUCGGACGCCACCGUGGUGUCCCAGGACGCCCUGCUGGCCACCACCAUCAGUGAGCUUAGUGAGCUGACCCCACAGACAGACUCAGUGCCCACACAGCUUCACUCUCUGACCAACAUGGAAUAAGAGCUUCAAGUUAAGUGCCGAGCAGUUCCCAUCCUGUUAGGCUGCGUCUGUGGUAGCUGAACUCAAGAUGACGUGGGGCUAAGAAAAAUAAUUGUCCAUGUGCAAGGAUGUGGGAAGAAUGGCCUCUGCGGAUUUUCCUGGACUUCUGCUAACUUGCACGGCUUUAUCACAGCAUUUUUAAAGCUUUCCCUCAAAAAUCCUGAUCUGCAUGAUCUCAGCUACACUUUACAAACAAGGCAGUGAACACGACCUCACUUAAUUGUGGUGUAAGGUGUGUCAAUCGUUCUAAAGCUUACCUUGUUUAGACAACUGCUUGUCUUCAUUGCAGAGUACAGAGCACUGAAGCAGCUCCUGCUACUGUCGCUAACAGUCUUCCGGGCUUCUCACCCUGCCUUACAUUUCCACGUGGGUUUACUUCUCUCACAACUCCUUUUAAGGCAUUUUUCUUCCAAGCUGAAAUAAAACUGGGGCCACAUAUUUUCAGCCAUUUUUCCCUGUUGAAUUGAAGCAAAUCGGAUUUUCUGUGGGGACCCUCAGAUACAGCUGAAGAAAUGGAUUGUUGUGUUCAUUUCUCCCCACCCCCUAUUUGUAGGCGGUCAAGAAGGUAUGACAGACUGAACACCUGCACAACUGCUUAGUGUAUUCUCAGCACAUACGCAGCUAGGGAGUUUGUCAUAAAAUCAACUUAGAAAUGAGAUGAGACCAGUCAGUUUCAGUCUUUAAAAAAACCAGAUUAGGUAAAAGCUGUCCUACCAAAGAAUCUAGCAAAACAGUAUAGUAUUUUUCUGUAGAGACAUGAAAAAUUAAGACUUUUAGAGCACUUGAAAGUUGUGUAGUCAUUUUAUUUGAAAAACGAGGUGACUGUGGCAAACUGUAGAACAGAGUAUAAUAUUUUUGCCAGGUUUUUAUGACUUGAUUUCUGUAAUUUCCAGAAACCCAGACUUUCCCAUUUCCACACCUAGAGGUGGAAACAGGCAAGUAACUGACGUGUCUGUUUCCGUGGGAGCAUGUGAGAACAGAGCAGAAGAGAAGGAGUCUCAGCACACUUACCUCCGAUUGCCUUAAAGAGUUGAUUGUGAUGAACCAGUAACUUUGUCUCAAAUGCUCCUUUGGCUGUUUUAUGCAGGACUUAAUUAUCGCUUUAAAAAAUUUACAAUGAGGCCGGGCAUGGUGACUUAUGCCUGUAAUCCCAGCACUUUGGGACGCCGAGGCAGGCGAAUCACCUGAGGUUGGGUGUUCAAGACCAUCCUGGCAAACACGGCAAAAUCCCACCUCUACUAAAAAUACAAAAAUUAGCAGGUGGCACAUGCCUAUAAUCCCAGCUACUUGGGAGGCUGAGGCAGGAGAAUCGCUUGAGCCUGGGAGGUGGAGGUUGCACUGAGCCAAGAUUACACCAUUGCACUCCAGUCUGAGUGAGAGCAAGACUCCGUCUCAGGGGGGGAAAAAAAAAGUCACAAUGAAAAGAUGCUUCUGCUGUAUUUGCUCAAUGUUGACAUGGUUCUAGGGCCUCGCGUAUGUGCCAUGUGCUUGUGAAAUGCUGAUUCACAUGUAACAUGUAAACAUUAAUUUAAAAAGAGAACCUUGAAGAAUUCUUUUGUUUACUAGUUCCUUUUUUCCCUACAUUUUUAAUUUAUUAAACUUGCUGUGAAAACACUUGGAUUUUCUAAGUGGAAGGCAUACUUUGUCCUUAAGUUCCAGGGUGAAGAUGUAGCUGCACCAUGCCAGAAAUUACUGAGGGAGACUUUCUUCCUAAGUGCUUCUCUUGUUUUACCUUGAGUGAAACCACUACAAGGUGUUUCAGGCUCUGAUCACAUGUUUCACACCUGCCCUUGGAGGUCACAGUACUAAUUAAAAUUUAGUUAUGACAGUCACUGUACCCUAGUUAUGUUUACAGAAGAAACAGUGACUGUCACACAUCGGAGGAGACUGAACCUGCCCAGCUGAUAUACUGUUUUAUGAAAUAAAGUCACCUGAUCAGAAGGAAUUUAAACAAUAUUUUGUUACCUACUGGAGGGAGUUUUGUCUUGAAUUUGUUUCUUUAGAAAUUUUACCCAAAAAAUGGUAUUAAUAAAUGUCUGCUUUCUAAAAGUAGUUUUGUAAUUUUUUAAAAAUCCAUUUCUUUUAUCAUUUAGGCUCUGCAGAAACAGGAUUCUUAACUGAAACAUAUAAUUUGCUUAAUUACAUGAAUAAUGAAGCGUAAACUCAGGGUCCGUAAGCGUUUAUUUCACACAAUCCCAGGAUGAAGCUGUUUAACUGCUGGGAUCCCAGUUGGCCUCUGGCAGUGGGAUCCUGGAGAGGAGAAAUCCCAGCCUCUGCUCAGGCACAGGCCGCAGCCAGGCUGGGGUGCAUGUGAGUGCGGUGGAGCUUCCUGCCAUUUCUUCAAUGUAAAGUAAAGUAGGCAUCAAAGAUACGACUUCUACUAUACGUAUUUCUCUGUCCCUGAGAACAGAGAAACCUAACUGUAGGAGACUGGUUACAGGGAACCUCCUGGGCGAUGCCCCAUUCCUCCAAAUCCAAGCACAGCCAUGCUGAGUGCAAGUAAGGCCACCCUCUGAGUUGGUUGGUCCCAAGUGUAUACUGAGGAAAGUGCCCAGGUGCAGAUACACUGCCUCUCCCAGAGCCUCAAGAAAGGCCAUUUAGGAGCUUGCUUCAACCAUUUUCUGUGAAAUACUGUUAGCCCACACUCUAAAGGGAUGGACAGCCUUUUGUUUUACCAAAUUCUUUAUUGUCAUUUGGAAAGAUGGGCCAUGUGGUAGAGACCUUUAUUUAAGGUGAUUUUUACAGAAAUGUGAUUUCGCUGUAGGUGAUUAUCCAAACAAGUAAGUUUGUGUAUUAUAAUUUAAUUUUUAAACUGUUAAACCUCGUCGCUCCAAGGAGUUCAUUUUUGGGAAAUAAGAUGGAUACUUGUCUAUUUAAUGAAAUAUGAUAUUCAUGUACUCAGAAGUGACAAUGUUUCAUUUGGGAGGAGGGCACUUGUGCAAAGGGCCUUUGUUGACAUGGAGCUGCACGGGAGCAGAUGUAACUGAGAAAGCCACACAAGUCAGAGGGUCAUCUAGCACAGCAGUCCCCAACCUUUUUGGCCCCAGGGACCAGUUUCAUGGAAGACAAUGUUUUCACAGGUGGGGGGACAGAAUGCUUUCAAGAUGGUUCAAGUGCACUACAUUUACUGUGUACUUUAUUAUUAUUGCACUGUAAUAUACAAUAAAAUAAUUAUAGAACAUACUACAAUGUACAAUCAGUGGGAGCCCUGGGCUUGCUUUCCUGCAACUUGACAGUCCCAUCUGGGGGUGAUGGGAGACAGUGACAGAUAUUACAACCUAGAUCCCGUGCAUGCGCAGUUCAGUAGGGUUUGCACUCCUGUGAGCUCUAAUGUUGCCACUUAUCUAAAAGACACAAAGCUCUGGCAGUAACACAAGACAUGGGAGUGGCUGCAAAUAGAGACGAAGCUUCACUCACUGGCCGCAGCUCACCUGCUGCGAGGCCCAGUUUCUGACGCGUUCGGGACCUGUGAUCUAUCACAUCACCCUAAAUGAGACUCGGAAAUUAUCUGCAUACCUUUGGCACUCUGUGGACUCUUAAGCUGACAAAACUAGGCCUUUAAACUACCAUGGUGGCAUCUUCAUUAGGAAAAUGAUUCUGAGAAGAGCAACUUGAUGUAUGCUCUGAAUGAUCAACCACUCAGAACGCCUAGAUGGGUCAGCUUGUUCUACCAUUUAAGACAUUUUGCUUGAAGUGUUGUGAAUAUACUUUAGGACAUGAAAUCAAGGCUCAAUGAUAAGAUAACAGGAUGAGCUAGCCUGCACCACCCCCACAUGGGUCCUCUUCCUCACCAGAACUUCAGGCCCAGUGGUCAGUGAGGCUGACCCUUCCCCAGGGGCAUCUCCUCUCCCUGUACGGAUACUUGCACAAUUAAGAUACAUGUCUACACUGACCAGAUAGUUGAGUAGUACUUUCUUGGGGUAGGAGAGUGUCAGGCCUAGGGCUGCCUCACCUCCCCACCUGUCUUCCAGCAACCAUGCUUUCCUCAACUUCAUAAGUAACUGUAGACCCUAAAUGAUUCAAGGAAGGGAUGAGAAUGUGGGGUCUGCAGAAUUACGAUGUACUUUAGGGGACUGCAUCAACAGAAGUAACCAGAGUUUCCUUCUAAGCCCUCAGUCCGCAAAACCAUUACAGUGCCCUGGAAUUCCCAUCAAAUGACUGGAGCCUAGAGAAUAUUAACAUCUGUUGCCUUAAUCUUUUUUUUUUGAGAUACAGUCUUGCGCUCAGUGGUCCAGGCUGGAGUGCAAUGGCACAAUCUCGGCUCACUGCAACCUCCACCUCCUGGAUUCCAGUGAUUCCUCUGCUUCAGCCUUCUGAGUAGCUGGGAUUACAGGUGUGCGCCACCACGCCCAGCUAAAUUUUUUUUGUAUUUUUAGUAGAGAUGAGGUUUCACCAUAUUGGGCAAGCUGGUCUUGAACUCCUGACCCCAGAUGAUCCGCCUGCCUCGGCCUCCCGAAUGUUGCCUUAAUCUUAAUGCGAACAACUGGAAGCAAUGGAAGCUACUUUUGACCUAUGCCAAUUUAGCAAGAAAAGACUUGUCAAAAUAUUACUGAUAAUUUCCAAUUCACUGUACAGGUUAAAAUAAAACAAACAUUCUUUCUGCUAAGGUAGAUUUAUUGUUACACAUGGUUAGUUUUCAUGAUGUAAUCCCCUGCCCCAGAGCAACUCAGGGCUCCAUGGGGCAGAAGCCUGCUCUUGGUCAUAGCUCGUAACACAGCAGGCAGGUCACGGGGGCAUGCUGUGCUGCCAAAUCCUCCAGAGGAAGUCACAAAGGUUUGCAUUUGGACAUUUAAAUGCACGAAACCAGGAGAAACCAAUGCACAAGGGCUGCUGCAUAUACUUUGGUUACAGUGACCCCACCACACACGGUCACGACUGUGCAAAAAUACCGCUUUCAAAUCAUUAAAGAACUCACACAAGCUAUAAAAAUGCUGCCACAAAAAGCAAACCUUUCCUGUAAGAAACACUGACUGACUUUGACGAUGAACCAACUCCAGAUUUGCUAAAGUACAAGAAUUGUACCAUAAUUAUAUUUUGUUCAUAACAUUCUAUGUCUUGAAGACCUAGCUCACAGGCAUCUUAAAACCUGGCACUGUCCUGCAUCCACGGGACAUGUAAAGCAAGAAGUUCGCACACCACUGACCGGGCUUUUCUCAUUCUUUUUUUUAUCUUCUGGCAGUUCUAUUCCAGCCAUUACAAUUACUUUGAUUCUUUUCAUGUGAAAUAUUAAAAACAAAAAUUAAUUAUUAGCCCAGGAGCUGGUCCCAGUGUUUACUGCAAUACAAACAAGUGACUCUCUGACGACAAAAUGUCACAAACACUACUGUUAAAAACAGCCCUUCAGACGGCUCUGUUGGGGUGUCAUGAUUAAAGUCAAACAGAAACGCCCUAUAAUAAGUCACGCGAUUUCACUUUAAGUUGUCAGACCAGAAGAU